GUGACUGGCUCCUCGAAUGGGCCGACAGCUGGGGGGGUGCGGGCUCUUCCAUCUGCAGACAACGCACAGUGUAAUCCGUACAAGAUAAGCGUAGUCGCGCACUUUCCUUUCUAGGACAUCACCUCUUGCAGAAAUCUCUCAUUUGCAUACAAUGCCAAAGGAUCAUAGACUACGAACGGUAGCACAUAUUUCAUCUGCCAAACGUCAGUCACAGCAUGAAAGUUUAUCUGCACAGGAUGCCUCGGUUACCGAGUCUCGUCUGAAAAAGAAAGACAAACAGCAUUCGAAACACGAAACCUUUAUGCAACGCCUCGAGCUAUAUCAUCAGCCAUAUUCCAAGUCUCACACCAGGCGUUUGAAAAGAAAAGCUAAAGAGAGAAUUGCUAAUGGCAUGGCGGACAUUCAGGAUGCUCUUCCUUCUCUGGAUGAGGAGCAGGUCGACGAGACCAGCAACAACCCGGCGAAGAGCAAAGACGAUCAACGUCCUCAAGAAAAGACGCGAGGAGGCAAGAUAGGCAAAGGAAAGAGCUCCACCUAUACCAAUGCUCAGCGGAAACGGGCAUUAACAUUGGAGCAACUGCGGCAUCCUCUCAUACUCUCUAAUUCCCAAUUCGCCACGAACCCGUUCGAAACUAUCCGAACACAUGCUCAAAAUACUCUGUUGCAGCAUGCUGCGCCUUCUUGAUGUAUCACCAAGUCGAAUACUACCUUCCCGGGUCUCGUACCUGCGCAUAGCUUUCUCAUCACGAAUGCUGAGCGGUUCGAGGCGCAGAGGGGUAUAUAGAUGUGCUUGUUCCGUACCAAAUUACAUAUUAACAAAUCUCUGGGGUAACUGUAAGAGUUUUUUUU